AUGUCCCCUCCUCCUUCCAGGUUCGUUCUCCUCGCAGCGGGAUCCAACGCGCGCGGCCAGCUCGCGAGCAGUACAUACGAGGACGCGCAUGCGUUCCAGCCGUGUCUGUUUCUUGAUGACGAUGAUGAUGCUGGGGCUACAGCGGACAGCGCGCUCCCGAGUCGCGUGCGGGGAAUCAGGAAGCUCGUGUGUGGUGCGAAUCAUGCGCUGCUGAUGCUCGAGGUGGAGGUGGACGCGUCCAGUGGCAAUGUAUCUAUGUCUAUAUCUGGGACAGGUGCUGCGUCUACGCUGGAGGCUACGUCUACUACGCCUACAUCUAUAUCUACGUCUACAGCAAACGCAGCUGGCUCUACACCUGCACCCGCACGCGCUCCCCGCCGCACCUGCAUCGAGCUCUGGGGCAGCGGCGACGGCUCGCGCGGACAGCUCGGCGCCGCAUACCAGGCCGCACAGGCGCGCGGCGCGUUCGCGACGACGUCCGUGUUCCGCAGACUCGAGGUUGUAGUGCCUGGUGCGAGUGCGAGUGCGGCGGGGGCGCUCGAGCUCGAGGUGAGGGAUGUCGCUGCGGCGUGGGAGACGUCGUAUGUCGUUUUUGGUGGUGGCGGUGGAUCGGAUUCUGAUGUGGUUGUUGCGAUGGGGUCGGAUGAGUUUGGUGCGCUUGGUGGCGGCGGCGGCGGCGGCGGCGGGGAGGACGGGGAGGUGGUUGUGCCGAUUGAGCGUGUGCUGCCUAGGUCGAAGACUUCGACCGCAAGCGCGGAUGGUCAGGUCGUUCGUGUUCUCUCCAUCGCGGCGUCCUUUCGCCAUGUAUUUGCGCAUAUCUCUUUGGACAACUCCAACCACAACAACUCCAACAACAACUUCAACGGCACAAACUCCAACAGCACAUACCUCCUAAGCUGGGGCGCCCACCGCCACGGCCAACGCGGCCCCAAAGCCUCCUCCCCCCUCCCCACACUCACACCCUCGCACGGCACCACCCAGAUUGCGCUCGGCAAAGAGCACACCUUAAUCCUCGACGAGUCCGGCCGUGUCUCAGGCCUCGGCUCAGACCGCAAGGGCCAGCUCCGGGGGUUGGAGAGGGUCGAGGGCGCAGUACACGUCGGGUGCACGUGGGCGGGCACGUUCUGCGUCGUGAGGAGGUACGGCGUCGCGCAGGUGUUCGCCGCGGGAGAUAACGCGAGGGGGCAGCUUGGGCGUGGAGCGGCGGGGCCGGGGCCGGGGUACGUGGGGUUUCCGUUUAGCCAUGAGAGUAAGGGGCUGGAGGGGCUGGCGUGUGGGAGUGAGCAUGUUUUGGCGCUUUUUGCUGCUAGAACUGAGGGUGAGGGUGAGGGUGAGGAGGGAGAUGGGGACAGGGAGGUGUGGGGGUGGGGGUGGAACGAGCAUGGGAAUCUUGGGUUGGGGCAUACCGAGGAUGUGCUGAGGCCGACUCGGAUUUGGCCUCCUCCUGACCCAUCUUCUGCGACGGCGGAGAUGGUGUGCGGGAGGGUGCUUAACGUGUGGGGAGGAUGUGGAACCAGUUGGAUUGCGGUACAGAAGUUAUAG